CCAUGGCGGCGGCGGCGGCAGCAGCGGGCUCCAACUGGGGCCUCAUCAUGAACGUGGUGAACAGCAUCGUGGGGGUGAGCGUGCUCACCGUGCCCUUCUGCUUCCGGCAGUGCGGCAUCAUCCUGGGAGCUCUGCUCCUGGUUUUCUGCUCCUGGAUGACUCAUCAAUCCUGCAUGUUCCUGGUGAAAUCGGCCAACCUCAGCAAGCGCAGGACCUACCCUGGCCUCGCAUUUCAUGCCUAUGGAAAAGCAGGAAAAAUGUUGGUGGAAACAAGCAUGAUUGGGCUGAUGCUGGGAACCUGCAUCGCUUUCUACGUGGUCAUUGGUGAUCUGGGCUCCAGCUUCUUCGCCCGCCUGCUUGGAUUUCAGGUGUCAGGCAGUUUCCGGAUAAUCCUGCUCUUUGCUGUCUCCCUCUGCAUUGUGCUUCCCUUGAGCCUCCAAAGGAACAUGAUGGCCUCCAUACAGUCCUUCAGUGCCAUGGCUCUCAUCUUCUACACGGUGUUCAUGUUUGUGAUUGUGCUGUCGUCCUUCAAGCACGGCCUCUUCAGCGGGCAGUGGCUGCAGCGAGUGAGCUACACGCGCUGGGAGGGCAUUUUCCGCUGCAUCCCCAUCUUUGGCAUGUCCUUUGCCUGUCAGUCUCAGGUCUUGCCUACCUAUGACAGCUUGGAUGAGCCGUCUGUUAAAAUCAUGAGCUCCAUCUUUGCUUCUUCCCUAAACGUGGUCACCACCUUUUACAUCGCGGUGGGCUUCUUUGGCUACGUGAGUUACACUGAAGCCAUUGCUGGGAACGUCCUAAUGAACUUCCCUUCCAACCUCGUGACGGAGAUGAUCCGAGUGGGAUUCAUGAUGUCAGUAGCUGUGGGGUUUCCCAUGAUGAUCCUGCCGUGCAGACAGGCUCUGAACACCCUUCUCUUUGAGCAGCAGCAGAAAGACGGCACCUUCGCUGCAGGGGGUUACAUGCCCCCGCUGCGGUUCAAAGCCCUGACACUGGCUGUUGUGUUUGGAACCAUGGUAGGAGGCAUCAUGAUCCCGAAUGUGGAAACCGUCCUGGGCCUGACGGGUGCUACGAUGGGAAGCCUCAUUUGUUUUAUCUGCCCAGCCCUGAUUUACAAGAAGAUCCACAAGAAUGCACUUUGUUCACAGAUUAUCCUGUGGAUUGGCCUGGGAAUACUGGUUAUUAGUACCUACACCACCUUGUCUGCCACGGAGGACCCCCCUGUGAAGACAGAGGCCAUGGGCUUGGAGCACCUCGAUGGAGAGGAGAAUGGAAUAGACCAGGAUUUGGUCAAAAUCCCAGAGCAGAACCCGGCCGUGGAGGAGGCAGAGGAUGACCGUGAUAAACCCAAGCUGCUGGAUGAGAAGGAGGAGAUGGAGCAGCCACAAAUCAAGGUGCCCAUGCAGGUACCCAAGAGAGAGGAGGAGGAGAGAGGAAAGCUGGAGGAGAAAGUGCAGCUUGACCGUCCCGAUCAAGGGAUUGCCCUGCCUGUGGGGGAAGCCCAUCGCCACGAGCCGCCCAUCCCACACGAUGAAGUGGUUGUGGACAUGGGGCGGGAGCGGGAGGAAUCCGACGAGAACAAGCCUGUGCCCGGAGGAGGCAGCGACCGUGGGGCUCAGCCGGCGCUGGAGGAGGCAGUGGGGCUGAGUCCCCGGAAAGGAGCACUCGGCCUGAGCCAAGGGAGGGAAGCGAUUGCUGGGAACCAGCUGCGGGGAGGGACUCGGGAGCCCGCUCAGAAUCCAAGGAACGUCCUGGAGGUGAUGGCGCAGGGUGGCAGGCUGCCAUACAAAGAGCUGGAGCCAGACAAACAAGUGCUGGAAGCCAAGGCGCAAGCUGCCGCGCCGGACGGUGAGAAGAAAGCUGAGGCUGCAGGUGACAGGGAGAAAGCAAAGCUCCAGCUCCCCAGGAAAGCAGAGGAGGCUGCGAAGCCCAUGGAGAAGGAAACAGACCCCAGUGAGAAGCAGGAGCUGCCCCUUCCGGACAGAGCAGAUCAGCUGGAGCCAAAGGAGGUCCGAAACACGGAGGAGAAGCAACAGGAGAACGUGGAGAGCAAGCUGGAGGACGCUGGGCAGGCGAAGCUGCUUGACCACGCUGUGCUCCUGCAGGUGAUCAAAGAACAGCAGGUACAGCACAAGCAGCUGCUUGACCACCAGGCAAAGCUGCUGGCUGUGAUUGAGGAGCAGCACAAGGAGAUCCACCAGCAAAGGCAGGAGGAGGGAGGAGAGGAGAAGCCAAAGCAAGCGGAGGCACAGCAGGAGCCCGCUGUGCCCCUCUCCAGGAGCAGGGAGGACGAGGGCCUCGGGGUCAAGCAGGAACCUGCUGCAAAGGUGCUGAGCAAGAAGCUGCCGGAGCAGCCAGCGCUGGGCCCGGCCAGGGAGCCUGACUCCACUGAGCAGCGCAGGGGGACUGCAGGGAAGCAGGAGGAGGCUGGGAGGAGCCGUGACAUUCCAGAGGUCCCUCCCAAGGAGCGGAAGGUGCUGCCUCAGGAGGACAGAGGUGCUAAAAAUCCCAUGGAGAACAGGGAUGCCCUGCACAAGGACGUCCAACACGUUCCAGCAGCCAGAAGCCACCCAGAAAAGAAGUCGUUGGUGGAGGGUCUGGGAGGAGAACACGAAGCCAAAGCUGCAAGAGACAUCCACAGCAAGAAUAAUUCCCUGAAAGCCGUGGAAGUAGCGACAGCUCCCAUCCAAAGAGAACAGCUCGGGGCUGCCAGAGUUCAGGGAGCAGCAGGAAAGAGUCUGGAAGGAGACUCAGGAAGAGACCUUAGAGCCAAAGCACUGAGUCAGGUGGAGCCCAAGGACCUGGCAGUUGUGCUGGACUCCUCCAGCAAGAGGAAUGUGGCAGAGAGCGAGCAGCACCUACGGGAACAUCCGAGAGCUGCACGCACUGAGGGAGCUGAGGGCGGUGGCAGGCGGCAGCAGGACCCAGCUGGCAAAGGGGACACGAAGGAAGAAGCUCCUCGGGAUAACGUGGUGGAUGUGGCCCAGGACCCGCAGGAUGGGCUGCGGAGCAAGCAGAGGCACGGGGAUGGAGGAGGCUCAAACGAUGGGGAGAAGAAACCAGCCCUUGAGAACGCUCCCGCCCCAAAGGCAGAGCAAGGAGCUGCCCAGGGGGAGCAGAGGCUGGACCACGACAUCAAACCCAACCGGGACCUGAAGCUGCAGGCGGACCUGGACCUGCGGCGGCGGAGGCGGGAGCUGCUGCCUCCCGAGGAGGAGGAGGACGGGGAGGCUGCGCGGGGCGCCGGGGUCUUGAUCGGCCUGAACCCGCUGCCCGAUGUGAAGGUGAACGACCUGCGGAGCGCGCUGGAGACGCGGCUGCACGUGGAGGGGGCUCCGCAGGUCCUGCACAGCCGCCAGAUCAGGCAGGUGCCGGGGCCGGACACUGCGUGAGG